AUGGGGCAGGUGUUCACGCGGCUGUUUGAUUCGUUGUGGGGCAACAAGGAGAUGCGUGUUGUGAUGCUGGGCCUGGACGCGGCUGGCAAGACCACCAUCCUGUAUAAGCUGCACAUCGGGGAGGUCCUGUCCACAGUGCCCACAAUCGGCUUCAACGUAGAGAAGGUGCAAUACAAAAACGUGACGUUUACAGUGUGGGACGUAGGCGGUCAGGAAAAGCUGCGGCCACUCUGGCGCCACUACUUCAACAACACGGACGGCCUCAUAUUCGUGGUGGACUCGCAGGACAAGGACCGCAUAGGGCGGGCCGCGCAGGAGUUCAAGUCGAUCAUUGACGACCCCCUCAUGCGCAACGCAGCCAUCCUCGUCUUUGCCAACAAGCAGGACAUGCGCGGCUGCCUCCCGCCGAGUGAGGUGUGCCAGCACCUGGGGCUGCCCGAGCUGCGGGGGCGGCGCUGGCAGGUGCAGGGGGCGGUGGCCAUCAAGGGGGAGGGCCUGUACGAGGGGCUCGACUGGAUGGCGCAGACGCUGAAAACCAUAAAGUAG